GUCGCCAGUACUCACCCGCCUGGACAGCGACAGUGUCAACGACCCAUGGAACCAUACAACACCAUUUGGACUGUCUGAUUUCCUCGUUGUGAACAUGGUGAAGAAAGGGAAGGACAAGGCCGGUACCCCUGCCCCAACAGCCAAGGCCCCAGCGUCCAAGGCCCCAGCCAAGAAGGCAUCAGCUGCGAAGAAGGCCGCGCCCCCGGAGGAUGACCUGCUUAUUUUCACCACCGACAAGAAGAAGAAGGGAGGGCCGUCUACUGCUGCCGAGGAUGGGCCUCCUGAGCCACCAAAACCAACAGUCAAGCAGAUCAUAGGAGGCCAGUCAUGGACAGGGAAGCUUCCAGUGAACCUUCUCUCAGAGCACUGCCAGAAGAUGAAAUGGGAGAGGCCCGACUACCACCAGCGACACAACGCCGAUGGCUUCUCCUCCAUGGUCACACUCAGUGCCAAGAACCCAAAAACCAAAGAAACUGUCAGGCUUGAGCCGUUUAAACUACCCCCAAGCCAUGUGCAUUUGGCGUACAAGCCCACGGCCCUGGAGGCCAAACACUUUGCAGCCACGUAUGCUCUAUACAGGGUGUGCAAUAUGAAAAACAUGAGCAUGAUCCUCCCUCCAGACUAUAAGUCGUUGUGGAAGGAGUUUGACGCCUUGAAGAAGCAGGAUGUCAAGGAUGGCAAAGGCUGGAUGUACGAGGCCGACCCCUUCAAAGCAAUGGAGGAGAGGCAAGCUGCAAAGUUGGCUGCGGAAAAAAAGAGAAAGGAGCAGCAGGCUAUCAAGGAGAAGGCCGCUCAGAUGCCAGGUGCUUCCGGUCUGGUGCUCAGGGGCAACGCCGCAGCGGCCGGUGGUGGCGGCCAUAACCCGAUGAAGGGCUGGACCACUGUGCCCAAGAUGGAGAUGGGCACCAAGACAAGACAGCAUUUGGAAAGCCUCCUCAGACGCGACACUGUCUGGAACCCACAUGCUGUCGUCAUGAGCCAGGACCAGAAGGUGUCCAUUGUCAAAGAGUUCAAGGAUCUGGGCUUCCGGCCGAGUCACGUCGAUGAGGCAAUAGAGGAAUGCAAGGACCGCGAGGAGGCGCUCGAGUGGUUGUUGAUCCAUGUGCCCGAGGAUGACCUACCGAAAUGGGCCCUGCCCGAAAAGUACGGUGCGGGCAUAACGGUUGGAGCCACAGAUCUGAGAAGAGAGGGUGCUGCGACGCGCUUGGCACAGUCCGGCUACUCCAUCGAACUCUGUCGCAAGGUGUACGAUGACGCUGGAGACGAGGGCAAGGCGGCCGAGGCGCUUCAAAAGAUCCUCCUGAGCAGCGGGUCGGAUGAUGACGCAUUCGCCAUAUCAGAUGGCGCUUUGUCGCCCGAGGACCGUGACCAGCAGUGGGAAGAUGAGCUGGCAAGUCUUGAGUCUCUAUAUGGGGAGCAGUACUCCCGCCUGGGGGCAGAUGUCUGCCAGGUGCGGCUAGAAUCGGUCACAAAUGGAGCAAAGAAAGAUGUCGAGGCCUUCAUUCAGCUCCGCAAAUCACCACACUACCCGUCUCAACUCAUCAUAUCAGUAGUUGCAGACCUCCCGUCCUACAUCAAGCUAAGUAUCAUCAAGAAGACCCUAGCAUAUAUGGCGGAGUCCCUCCAGGGUGAGGAGACGAAGAUGUUCUACACCAUCAGCUGGAUGCAGGAGAACAUCAACGACAUUGUUGAGAGGCCGGGUGCACUUCGCGAUAUUGCAGCUGUCUCAUCCGCAGCCUCGGAGGAGAAGACAGUGUCUGUUCGCAAGAGGGCCAAGAAAGCAUCGCGACAUCCCAAGCCCGUGUCCUGGGUCCCUGAGAGCGAUUCCAUCAAGAGGUGGAUGGAGAGGCAGAAGACACCGUCCUUUCAGAAGAUGUUGGCGCAACGCCGGAAUCUGCCGGCCUGGGAAGUCCGAGAAGACAUCGUUGACACGGUUGAGGCAAAUCAGAUUACCAUCAUCUCGGGCGAGACUGGCUCGGGCAAGUCGACACAAUCUGUGCAGUUCAUACUCGACGAUCUUUAUGGACGAGGUUACGCCAAGUGCGCGAACAUGAUCGUCACCCAACCUCGCCGGAUCUCUGCCCUUGGUCUGGCGGAUCGAGUGAGCGAGGAACGCUGUAUGACUGUUGGUCAAGAAAUCGGCUACUCUAUUCGCGGUGAGAACAAGACCAGCAAGGACACGAAGAUCACCUUCGUCACGACUGGCGUGCUUCUCAGGCGCUUACAGACUUCUGGCGGCCAUAUCAACGAUGUAGUGGCUUCUCUCGCAGAUGUCACCCAUGUCGUGAUAGAUGAGGUUCACGAGCGAUCUCUAGACACGGACUUCUUGCUCAGCAUUUUGCGCGACGUCCUGACGAAGCGGAAGGACUUGAAACUGAUCCUUAUGAGUGCAACCUUGGACUCUGCAACGUUUGGGGAUUACUUCAAGGCCGACGGACUCCAGGUUGGAUUUGUUGAAAUAGCUGGCAGGACCUUUCCUGUUCAGGAUUUCUACCUGGAUGAUAUUAUACAUCAGACUGGGUUCACAGGACAACAGGAUUUCAACGACAGCAAGGGCCGCGCCCUGGAUGAUGAGCAGCGAGUUUCCAAGGUGAUUCAGAGCCUUGGCAUGCGAAUUAACUACAACCUCCUUUUGGAGACCGCGAAGUGCAUCGACGGGGAGCUAUCCCAGACUCAGAAAUCAGGUGGAAUACUUAUAUUCCUGCCUGGGGUUGCAGAGAUCAACCAGGUCUGCAGACUGCUCAGCUCUGUCACAUCCCUGUACGUGCUUCCCCUACACGCGUCCCUCGAAACCAAGGAACAGAGGCGUGUGUUCACGGCUCCACCCCCGGGGAAGAGGAAGGUAGUCGUGGCAACCAAUGUUGCUGAGACAUCUAUCACGAUCGAUGAUAUUGUCGCCGUUAUCGACAGCGGCCGAGUGAAGGAGACGAGCUACGAUCCACAGAACAACAUGCGCAGGCUGGGUGAGGCGUGGGCAUCUCGCGCCGCUUGUAAGCAGCGUCGAGGACGUGCUGGUCGUGUACAGGCCGGAAAGUGCUACAAGCUCUACACUCGCAAUCUGGAAGAACAAACCAUGCUUGAGAGACCGGACCCCGAGAUACGACGAGUGCCGCUGGAACAACUGUGCUUAUCUGUUCGGGCUAUGGGCAACAAAGAUGUCGCUGGUUUCUUGGGCCGUACUCCCACACCACCCGAGGCAUUGGCUGUUGAAGGUGCGGUCAAGAUGCUGCGUCGGAUGGGAGCUCUCGACGGAGACGAGCUCACGGCCCUUGGCCAACAGCUUGCCAUGAUCCCUGCAGACUUGCGCUGUGGUAAACUGAUGGUGUACGGUGCAAUCUUCGGGUGCCUGGAUGACUGCGUUACUAUCGCGGCGAUUCUGAGCACGAAGAGUCCGUUCUUGUCACCUCCAGAUAAGCGAGAGCUGGCAAAGCAAGCGAAGAUGGGGUUCUACCAAGGAGACGGCGACCUCUUGACAGACUUGAGGGCUUUCCAGGAGUGGGACGAGAUGAUGCAAGACCGGGUGCCGCAGCGCCAGGUGCGCGGAUUCUGUGACGACAACUUCUUAUCAUACAACACCAUGUCAGAUAUCGCCUCAACGAGAACGCAGUACUACUCAUCCCUCGCCGAGGUAGGCAUUGUCAACUCAGCAGACGUCUACUCGGGCAAAAACAGAACUCAGUCCCCAUCUAUGCCGCUCCUCCGAGCGCUGACGGCCUCGGCCUUCAGCCCGCAGAUUGCGAGAAUACAGUUCCCCGACAAGAAAUACAUGGCAUCGGUGUCCGGGGCCGUUGAGCUCGAUCCCGAGGCCAAGACGAUCAAAUAUUUCAACCAGGAGAACGGCCGAGUAUUUGUGCACCCCAGCAGCACAUUGUUCGACAGCCAAGGAUUUUCCGGCAACGCAGCAUUUGUGUCGUACUUUACACUUAUGGCCACGUCCAAGAUAUUUAUUCGGGACCUAACCCGUAAGUACCAGACCUCACAAUCACAUCUUUGGGCCUGGUUCCCUCACCUCCUGCCACCAUUUGGCUUUUCACUGACUUGCCCAGCUUUCAACGCCUACACCCUCCUGAUGUUCUCCGGGGCUAUCGAGCUAGACACGCUGGGCCGAGGCCUCGUUGUGGAUGGGUGGCUGCGCUUGAGGGGAUGGGCCCGCAUAGGCGUCCUGAUCUCAAGGCUCAGGGGUAUGGUUGACAAUAUCAUCGCCAGGAAGGUGGAAAACCCGUCAAUAGAUCUCCGGGACAAUGAUGUUAUCAGAGCGGUCACGAAGUUGAUAGAGCUAGAUGGGCUAGAUGCGUGAUCAUCCGCGCUCACUCGCGGCAUUCCGAUCCGAGAUCAAUAGCUGUUUCAUCCUCCCGCAGCUCUCAUGAACUCUGGUGGAUAUGCUGCUCUAUGGUUGUCU